GUUCAUAGCUGUCCAAUCCCUUCCCAUCCCCAUGUGACCCCACUGCACAAACACAUACAUACAGAUACCCCAGAGAUUUUUUUCCGAUUUUUAAACCCCAGAACAAAAUAUAACUAUUCUAAAUUAUACCUUUUUUUUUUUAAUUUUCAAAACUUAAGAAAGUUCAUGAUUGUGUUGUUUUUUGUUCGUGUGCCUUUCUUACCUCUAACAACAUUCCCCUGUGCUUGCUGGGAACGUGCAUAUAUAUUUAUAAAAGAGAUGUGUUAAAGCCUUGUUUCAUUUCUUCUCUCUCUUCUUCUGCUGCAUGUCAUAUGCAAUAUACAGAUACAAUAAUGUGCAUAUUUUUCAUAGGGACAUGUACAACUGCAACAACAUUAACAUCCGAGGUUAAUCUGUGGUAACACUUUCUUUCUGGUUUGGUGUGUGUGUGUGUGUGUUUCAAAUGGCGCAAUUGCCUCCAAAGAUCCCAAACCUGUCACCAGGUUGGCCGGACUUCUCUUCUCAACACCAGAAGAUGCCAUUGCCACCUCUUAUCAACGACACCACCACCACCACCCAUCAAAAUCAAAACCCUUCUUGGGUGGACGAGUUCCUCGACUUCUCCUCCGCCCGCCGCGGCGCUCACAGGCGGUCGGUGAGCGACUCCAUCACCUACUUGGACGCACCGAUGAGGUGUGGUGAGAACAACAACCAUAACAAUAGUAAUGGCAAUGGCAAUGAGUUUGACAGGUUUGAUGAUGAACAAUUCAUGUCCAUGUUCACGGAUGAAGUAGUGCUCUCUGGGGUCCCCUUGCCACCACCGACUACCUUGUCCUCCUCUAACCCUUCUAGCCCUUCCGAUCAGAACUUCUUCCAUGAUGAGAAAGAGAGCAGCCGGAAGGAGAGGAAGCUGCAGAAGGAGGAAGAGGAGCACCACCACCAACUGAAAAAUGAAGCAGCUGAGGUUGAAAGCCAAUGCAUGCAGGAAAUUGCGCAGCCUCCAAAUGACACCAAUACUUCUUCUUCCAAUGAGAGAAUUAGUGACCCCAAGAGAGUCAAAAGAAUCUUGGCUAAUAGACAAUCUGCACAAAGAUCGCGAGUGAGGAAGCUGCAAUACAUAUCAGAGCUUGAGAGAAGUGCAACUUCAUUACAGGCUGAAGUUUCAGUGCUGUCUCCAAGGGUUGCAUUUUUGGAUCACCAACGUUUGCUUCUAAAUGUGGACAAUAGUGCUCUCAAGCAAAGGAUCGCUGCCCUUGCUCAAGACAAGAUCUUUAAAGAUGCUCAUCAAGAGGCACUGAAGAGGGAGAUAGAAAGACUGAGGCAAGUUUAUCAGCAGCAGAGGCUGAAGAAGAUGGAAAAUGCAGCAGAAUCAGGUCCAUUACCAUUAUGUGAUGUUCAAAGAGAAAAGGAAGUACAACUUCUGAACGUUUGAAGAAGAUUUAUGAGAUGAGAGUGUGGUUGUUUACAUAAAGAGAGAGAUGCAUGGGAGAAAGGAAAGGUUAAAUUUUUGUUGUGCAUUGAGUAUUUUGAUUAGAGAAUUGAUGAAGUUUGAGUGAGUGAGUGAGUGAAUGAGUGGUGGUAGGCUUCUGGUGUGAAACAGCGCAGGCACGUGAUGUGUUUACUUUAAAAGGAGGGGACCACUGAAAGCUUGCAUGAUUAGAAUGCAGGGGAUCCACAUGUGCAGCAGUGGCAUCAAAAGAGAGGGUGGAAGAAACAGUUGUGUCUGUCUGCUUUAACUUGAUAGAUAGGAGUGUGGUAUAUCUUCAUCAUUCCUUUCACUUCUUUAUUUCUUCUCUAUCAUUCUUUUCUAUUUUCCUUCUUCUUUUUCGAUGCAUCUUCCAAAACAAACACAACUGCCCAUGGAUCAUGCAUCAAAUUAAUCAACCUGUAUAUCUCUGUCAUGGCUUUUCUGCUUUGCCUCUCUACUUUCUGUUAUCUUAUCUUUUUUAUUAUUUCACUUAAUUAUUUUCUGAACCCAAAAUGUAAAUACUCACUUCACACAAUCUUCCAUGUAUAUAUAUAAUAGUAGUUUUUCUGCU